UAGAUAGGUGAUGUGAAAGGUAAACAAAUUGGCGAUAUCUUGACUAUCUUUUUAGUACGUUACCGGAAGUUUUUUUUUUUUCGGGUGUGUGUUGUGUUGUGUUGUUUUGAUGAAUUGGUUGAUGUACGUUCUAAAUUCAUCGUUUCAGUGUAAUUAUUUUCUUCAAAGGAUUACUAGCAGAGCUUUCUUACACAAACUGCAUAAGUCAUUACCAUUUAACUUGCAGAUAACACGUGAUUGCCAUUACCCUAGAUAUUAAAGUGUUCAAAUAUUUUUCUGUAUUUAGACAUAUAGAUUUGUAUUUUAGUAUUUUAUUAAUUUAAGUGCAGUAGAAUGCCGUCAGAUAUUGUUUCAGCUUUGAAUUUAGAUAAUCACUUAAUAGUAAACAAAUUUUUAUUUGCAACCAAAGAUGCCUGUAGUGACUUAAAUUUCUUUUUCAGCGAUUUUUUAUCAUAUUAUUUGAGAAAAAAUUAUUCUGUUAUUAUAGUUAAUUUAGCUCAGUCGCACAGCCAUUACACGCAUUUGUUAUUAAAAUCAGGGAUAAAUAUCAAAGUAAUUCGUGAUAGUCAGAAAGUUGCAUUUGUAGAUGUUAUGCUAGAAGCAGGCAAUUUGAUUGAGUCGACUGUAGAGACUGAUUCUGAAAAUACAGACUUAUUUAAUUCUUUAAAUAAUAGCAGUCUUGAUACACAUUGCUUAAAACCUUUGUAUGAAUGUAUUAAGAAAACUAUUGCAAAAAUCAGUGCCUUGAAACCAGAUGGCAUUAUUGUAUUUAUUGAUGAAAUAAGUAUGCUUAUGAAUUUGGGGACAUCUCUUCUUGCUGUUCAGCCUUUUGUUCAACAGUGCUUUGUCUUGUGCAGUAAAUUUACUGACAUUUCUGCAAAUUUGGUGAUUGGUAGUUUUUAUGAUGAAACUGACCCAGAGAAUCAAAAAAUGGUAAAUUAUUUUACACAUAUGGCAGAUAUCAGAAUACAAGUGCAGAGUCUGAAAACAGGUUAUAGUAAGGAUACAGAUGGAAAAAUUUGCUUUGAAGUGAAAAACAAAAAGGACUGUACAUAUAUUAAACAAAAACUUUUCUUCAAAAUUCAUGAUAAAGGUGCAAAGUUGUUAACAUUGGGGCUGUGAAAUAAAUUUGUUUUGAGAAA